UUCAAAAACUAAAUAGACUGACAAUGUUGAACGGCACAACCGAACGGGGAGGAUUGUCCCUACAGUCCUCCCCAGUGAAAGUGUCCACGUCUCCUGUUAGAGCGUCACCGAGUCCUGUGAGGGUGCCAUCGUCACCUUUGAAGUCAUCAUUGUCAAGCGGUAGAACGCGGUCACCUCGUCGGUGUCAGUUUGCAGCACCUGUGGAAGAUGCAAGGGAUAAAUGUGGCACUUCGUGGCUGUGCCGGCGUGGUGCGGGCGUCGGGGACGAGUCGGAACCCGAGCGGUCGCCGGGCCCCAGCGCGGCGCUGCCGCAGGGCUGCGAGGAAUCAGCACCACCCCCUAAGAAUUGCUUCAGAUUGGUGAUGUUGGGAUCAGCGCGAGUUGGCAAGACCUCUCUUGUAGCGAGGUUUCUUGGUACCAAAUUUGAAGAUAGCUACACGCCAACCAUUGAGGACUUCCACCGAAAGCUGUACAGAAUUCGAGGGGAGGUAUACCAGUUAGAUCUUUUGGAUACAUCUGGAAACCACCCGUUUCCUGCAAUGCGGCGGCUGUCCUUUCUUACAGGUGAUAUCUUCGUACUGGUAUUCUCCAUGGACAGUCGUGAGUCCUUCGAAGAGGUAAUUCGACUUCGGGAACAGAUCCUUGAGACGAAGGCGAGUGCUACUAGUGGAGGGAGCAGGGGGCGACGCCAAAUACCAAGAGUACCGAUGGCUAUAGCUGGCAAUAAGUGCGAUAGGGAACUCAAGACUGUCCAACCCGAAGAAGCAGCAGCAUAUUGUUCCACCCAGGACACGGCUUGUGUGUUCAUCGAAACGUCUGCUAAGAAAAACUAUCGGGUCGACGACCUUUUCUACGAGCUAUUCGUCGUUGCCAAUUUACCAUUGGAAAUGGCUCCAAACCACCACAAACGUGUCAGCACUGCAUUCGGAAGCCCCUGUACGUUACCGCCAACGAGCAGCCAAAGUAAUAGAAGCAAGAAAUGCACGCUUUCAAUAAAAAGAAGAUUGUCAGAUGCGUGCGGUGUUGUCGCUCCAAACGUUAGAAGACCGAGUAUCCGCACCGAUCUUAUGAUAAUGAGAACAAAGACUUGUGCCAAAGGGGACAGUGAUAGCGCUAGUGGAAGUCCCAAGCUCAAUCUCAACCGUCUGGUCAGGACCACUGGCCAGAAUGAUAAAAGGUCAUGCGUCAUUCAGUGAUAUUUUCUCUCGAACUGAUUGUCUUUGAGGUCGAUAAUGUUAAUGGUGAUUUUAUUCUAUGAUGUAUU